CCGCCGCUCGCGCGCACCCCCGCGCCAUGCCGCUCGGCCACCCGCCCGCCCCCACGUUGCGCACCGCCCGCGGCUCGCCCACCUCCGCGCGGGCGGCCGCUGCUCGCGCAGCCGCCCCGGCGCCACGCCGCUCGGCCGCCCGCUCGCCCCCCACGUCGCGCGGCUCAGCCGAGCGGACCAAACGGCCGGCGGACGACGAGGAACUUGACCGCGAAUUGGCUGGCGUGUACAAGCUACUUGAUGCGGUUUGUAGAGGGAAUCAUCCCAACACGUAUUUGAAUUCGGUUGGGUAUGCUGAAGUUGAGAAAGGGAUGAAAGAUAGACUCGGUAUUGAGGUGAGCAAGCUGCAAAUUAAAAACAAAUGGGACAAGCUGAAAGAAGAUUUCAAGGCAUGGAAAAAAUUGUUGUUGAGGCAAACAGGAACAGGUUGGUGUCCUAUAAAGGGCACCAUCGUUAUGGACGAUGAAUGGUGGAAGAAAGCUAGAGCGGACAUUCCAGGUUGUGGAAAAUUCAGGAAACAAGGACUCCAAAAUGAAGAGGAACUACAAGUGUGUUUUGGUAGCAUCAUUAGUAUUGGUACAGAUCAUUGGUCUCCGCAUAUAGCGAGUGCUGAGGAAUGACAAAAUGGCACCAAUGAAGAAGACACAGCAGAGGAUGCAGCUGAUAUGGCUUACUAGGAAGUAUAUGGGCAAGUAUGGAAAGUAGAGAUUGUGGGGCUGCUAUGUUUUUUCCCUGUUUCAUGGUUUGACUUGUGUCAUGUGGUUUUUCAGAUUGUUAAACAUGUUUCAUAUUUUUUUCAGAUUGUUAAACAUGUAUCCUGUAUCAUGUAUCAUGAUCUUUUUCCA